AUGUCACAAUAUCCGAAUUACUUCGGCCAUAACACGCACCAAACGGGCCAAGCGGUAUACAAUACCUACCAACAAUCGCAAGGACAUUCGUAUCCAACCUCGACCGCCUCCUCGCAAUACCAGCACACUGCGACGGCUAGCGGUAACUCAUAUGGUUCGAACCCUUGGUAUAGGGCAGAUGGAAACCACACCGCGUACGGAACCUCAGUGGGCGCGCCGAGAAUCAGUAAUUCAGACCAGACCAGAACCACCAGCAUCCGCACUUCUGGCCUCCCUCAAUACAAUUUGUCCUUGAACAACUCCGGCUACGCCACCAAUAUCUGCACAACUGAUCCCUUGGGGAAUACUACAUCUUAUGGAAGCAGUGCGAACACGACUCGUCAGCCCCAAAUGCAGUAUUCUACAACGCAAGACUAUUCGGUUGCUCAAAAUGCAUACGCCGGUCAAGCACGACCGCCAUCGGUUAACUCCGUCUCUUCGGGACGAGUAACAAGUCACCAACGCCAGUCGCCCUCUGUGCAUGAUCGACAACAACACGAGCAAAGUCAACACGCGAUUUCGAACCUUCAGCAACCGCAACGAGUACAAGAUCCAAUCCAGAGGUCUACAAGUCCUGCCCAGUUACAAGCGUCAAGGAACCUUCAGAAUGUCAGUCGCGGCUACGGUGACCAAUGGCUGAUUAGCAGGACGUUGCCCGCUGUCACUCAACCUGCAUCAAGCAUGCACCCCUCGUUGUUUGCUCCGGUUGAGCCACAAGCCAUUACGGUGGACCCCACACAGGUCUACGACCCCCGGGCCGAACAUCAGCGUCGACUCGAAGCGGCACGGUUACAGGCAGCCGAGGAGGAGGCGACGCGUGCUGCGCAAGAAGAUGAAGAGAAGCGGUUAGCGCAAGAAGCCGAAGAGAAGAAACAGGCAGAGGGAGCGGAACGUGCACGUAAGGAAGCCGAGCGCAAAGCGGAAGAAGCAUGGCGCAUCAAGACCGCAGAGCCAAAGAAAAAGAAGACGCAGAAGAAGAAACCGGUGGAAGAGGACGACGCGGCACAGUUCAUGGCGCUCGUGGCGCGGAUGAAAGAGAAGAAUCCGUCUCUGUUGGCCCAGAUGUUAUCAGAGACGAAGACGGAUCUCUCUCCGGCCGCGUCAUCCACCGCGCCUAAACAAUCGUCGAAGCCGCUGGGUGGUUUCGGUGCGGCGAACCGUGCUAAACCUUUGCCAGCUCAGGCAAGGCCCACCCCUGCACCCGCCCUUCCCUGCCCGACGAUCCCGACAUCCACACCUAUACCCGGCCAAAAGUCUACCAGACCUCCGGGGACGACAGUCUGGCCAAUUGAAAAGAAGGGAAAGAUCUCGGAGGCCGCGGCGCAGUACCUAAAUGGCAUCCCUACCAAUGCCGGAAAUCCCGUCACAAAGGAACUGGUACACGCAAUGCUAGACGAUAAUCCAUCUUAUAUCGGGUUGUGCGAUCGACUGGAACGCAUGGGGCUGCGCCUAGAAAGAGGCACCUUUGCUAGGACAUUGCUCUCUGCAGCCCCGGAUGUCAAUGCUGCAGCCCCACAGAAGACAGCUGCUCCCCACGGCGUAGCUAGUCCUACUAUUCCGCCGCCGAUUCCGCUUCAACCGCACACGCAGGCGACACCGUGGCUUCCAUCAGCUCAGGAUAUCAGCUCAUUCCCGCAUCCAGGGCAAGGUGGACCCGCUUAUGGCGAACCAAGCCAGGGUGUUAUUCAGAGUCCAUACUUCGUCAACCGGCCGGAGCCAAGUCCUGGUAUCGCAAGUAGCGUAGACUCCCCUGCCUCCUCGAAGCCGAGGACAAAGGUUACUACGCUACCCAAACCCAUUCGGUUAGACGAGAAACACCCAGUCAAACCACCGGCAACCAAGGAAGAAGCUGCACGAAAACGCAACUUCUCCGAGAUCGCGGAUCUAUCGAUGAUGAGCAGUGAUGAAGACGACCUACCGCCGUUGAAGAUGAUGAAACUGGCCCCGUAUACCGUUCAAUACGCAACCCAGCCUCCAUACCCACGUCCGAACCAAGGCCAAGUAGUGAAUGGUGCUUCAAACAUCGACCCUCAGAUUCAGAGUCAAGCGGAUCAAAAUGGGCAGAUGCAUAUGGUGAUGAAUGCGCCGACUCUGGCGUCCAACACGUAUCGACCUCAUAUCAGUGACGAUGUGAAGCUAGCGGAUCCAAUUCAGCGACAGGACGCUAUUCGUCGGUCACACUAUAAUGUGAAGACCAUUGCGCGGGAUGUGCUUAUUGCUACCGGCAAGUGGCCGGACCUACGAGCUCUCAACUAUCACUUGGAACCCUUGCGGCAGAAUAUGCGACAAAUCGACGGCAACUCCGAUUUGAGUACGCUCCACUGGAACAUUAUUGACCCCGGGGAGCCGGAUGAUCUUCAACAAGAUAAUGCCGAUUCGGUGAUAUCUGAUGCAGAUGACGAGGGCGAGGAAACCGUGAACAUGAAUGUCUUGGUUCCGCGUGAGCAGAGCGUCACAACUGUUGGUUCUGCAGAGUCAGCUCGGCCACAUCACGUGGGCAUCAAACCGCGGAGGGGACGACCUCCACCUGCAGGACGCAGACAAGCACCUGGAUCUCACUUCGUCAAUUAUUCCGACAGCGCCAGGCCCAGUGCGCAUUUGUCGCAACCGAAUCCGAAACCGAAGCCUCAAGCCAUCAAUAAUUCCCCCGGUCCAGCUGGCGGUAUGGGCUACGCUGCAUUUCGCUCCCACCAAGUUGAUGCGGACGGCAACCCUGUCAAAAAGAAAGGUCGACCAGUUGGGUGGAGGAAGAGUAUCCACUCCAAAGCCGUUCAAGGCCAACACCACUCCGGCCCGCCAUCUCAAGCUGCAACAAACUCCGGUGCCGUACACAGUCCGCAUCUUGCACGAAUUGGCACGGGUGGGAUUCUGAUGGUUAACGCCCGUCUAGGUCAACAUGAGUCCCCCGCAGCCGCAAAACGCCUGCGAAGCCCCGGGCGGCUGGAGUUUGCGUGCCGGUGGAAAGGAUGCGGCGCCAGUCUCCAUAACUUGGAGACGUUGAAAAAGCAUGUCCUGAAGAUGCAUGGCAAGCCGGACGAGGCCAGCCGCAAAUUCGCGUGCGCGUGGCAAGGCUGCGGGAAGUACCCCGAGCUUUCGACAUUUCCGCUAUUCUGGCAACAUAUCGACGACUCACACCUGAUUCCACUGUCAUGGACGCAUGGCGACGGCCCUGUCAGCGGGGUCUCAGACUAUGACACCGAGUUAUCGGACGUAUAUCUGAGAGAUUCUCGGGGGAGACAGGUCACUCCUCGCAUUUCUCUUUCCGACAACUUUGGAGAAACACCGAUUUCUCACCGCCCAGUACCGAGGCCUAGACCUCCCAGGAGGCCACCACUGCAUGGUCCUGGGAAGAAGACGCCCGAGGAGAAGGCCUCGGAAUCGGUGCAGGUGCUGGAACGGAAGAAGGAGCUGAUCGGGCCGGGCAUUGACAAAGGCGGCGCGACGCUCGCGAACGAGAAGCGGAGGGCGGGGUUUAUUGAUGAUGCGGGGUUCGAGGAGGAGGUCGAUUCAGAUUGA